AUUGUGGGCAGGAGGAGUUCGGUUAAGCUACACAGUGGGCAACCUAAUUUGAUAUCGAAUUCAUCAUCCACGAGAUUCGAACCUAAAUCUAAGACCUCUCACUUCUAAGUGAAGAUGAUUACCCUGUACUAAAUGACCUUUCACAUUAAAUGUUACUUUUUCAAUUUUGAAAAAGAUUAACUAAAAUUAAGUGAAGGGACAAGUGACAAUUGGUUAAGUGUGUAGCAAGCAUAUAUCAAGAUUGAUGGUGGUGAGUAAAAAUGCUCCCGGACAAAGUGGAGUGAGGAUUUUUUUGUGUGUGGGGGCCGUAUGACCAUCUGGUCUGUUGUCCGGACCGAUGAAUUCCUCCUCUGAGGAGCACCUCUAAACAUCGUGGGCCCAUUAGAACCUCUAGCUCACUGUAACUCACGGUGGGCCUCCCAACACCCAAACACUAUAUAAUUGGCGGGAAUUAAGUUUCCCGGGUUUUUACUCUAUGUUAUCUCAACGAACCUUAUUAGGGUUUCAAUUCAAAUCAGAUAUCACUGUCGCGAAACAUUACUGCCAGUCCUCUGCUUUUCUCUCAUCGUUCCGGCAGACUUUCCGGUGGGUUUUCCGAUCAGAUGUUUCUUUUGGCUAGAAUUCAGACAUGGGUAAAGAGGAAAGCCCAAAAACCACAAGGAGAAAAACCAGAUCCUCUGUUUUGGCUACCCCUUCAAAGAAUGUAGUUGAAGAAACUAAGGCAAGUAGUUUGCACCCGCCAACUCUCAGUGACCUUGUGUUGGGUGAACAAGGAGAAUCCUUGAGUGCCAAUGAUCUUUCGUCUGUUUUUCCUGGGAGACGCAGUCAAAUCCUGGAGCUUCUACGCCUUUUGGGUCUGCCAAACUCUCCCAUGCUACCUAUAUUUGUAUAUGGAGGCACUUCUACUGGGAAAACCAGUAUUGUUGUAGAGACCUUUAUGCAUCUGAAGCACCCUUUUGUUUAUUCAAGCUGCCUUACCUGUUAUAGUCCUCGAAUCUUGUUUGAAUCUGUUCUGAACCAACUUUUUCUUUACCCAAAGAAUGCAGCGAAUGGUUAUUCAAGUGCCAAGCGCUGUGAAAGCCCAUCUGAUUUUAUUCAUUUUCUUCGGGAAGCCUUGGUCAGCAUUCUUGGUAAUACAAAGGGACUUUCUGGGAAAGUAAAGGUCUGGAAAGGUAAUGGAAAUAUGAUCUACUUGGUAUUUGACAAUUUGGAGCGUCUUAGAGGAUGGGAUAAAGGUUCCAUUAUAUUACCUUUACUGUUUAAUCUCUAUGACAUUUUGAAAAUGCCUGAGGUCGGUCUUAUCUUUAUCAGCAGUGCCUCGCCGGAUACGUAUUACUCAAAUAUGGGCUAUGUGGAGCCUAUCCCUAUGUAUCUUCCUGAUUAUACACAAGAUGUUCUGCAGAAAAUCUUCAUGAGAAACCAGGCAAACAAAAAGCUUUUCGCCUCUUUUCUCAGUGUCACGCUAAGGCCUUUCUGUAGAAUUACCAGACGGGUGGAUGAAUUAUCUCCUGCCUUUUCACCGUUAUUCACAAAGUAUUAUGAACCUAUCACUGAUCUGAAUUUUGUUCCCAAUAAAGAGACGAACCAAAGGCUGUAUAAUUUUUUUAGCUCCCAUAUUGUUCCUGCACUGAAUGAGACAUUUAAGGUUUCAUCGCAGAAAUCGACUGAAGUUGAAGUUGAAGUUAAGGAGAGAAAAGGAAAGUGCGGCACAAGGAAAUUCGGAGAUUGUGAAGUUGAACAAUUAGAUUUCCAGAUGCCUACUUCUGCCAAGUAUCUUCUUAUUUCAGCAUUUCUUGCUUCAAGAAAUCCAGCUACCCUUAAUUCAUCACUGUUCGAAUCUACAUGAGAUUCUAGUAGUCGAAAAUGAAAGAGGAAGCUUUCGGACAAGUCAAUGGAACAGAAGGAAACUGCAGAACAGGAAUUACUUUUGAAUCCUGGCUCAUUCCCAAUGGAAAGAUUGUUAGCCAUAUUUCAGUGCAUUACAUCUGUAGGGGAAGGUCCUCUUGACGAGGAGGAACAAGAAUAUGGUGGGUUAGGCAUUCAAGAUGGGAAUGACGUGCUCAUGUCUGAUGUUCUUUUACUACUGUCCAGUCUCUGCAGUGCUAAUUUUAUUGUCACUGCUGGAAGCUGCCCACUGGAGGGCUCAACUCGAAAUCGAUCUACAGUGAGUGAAGAUAUGACUCUUAAGGUAGCAAGGAGCAUUAAGUUCCCUCUCUCAAAGUAUAUGUACAGAUGAUGCUUUUCAGGUGAGGUAUCUGUGAUACGGUUGCCAGUUUAUUCUCGAGGAUGAAGAAACUUACCUGGUUUUCAACUAAGUUACCUUCCUACUCUGUUGAAUCAUUGAACUAUCCAAAUUCUCUAAUCCUCAUCUUUGUUGAGAAACAUGAAAUGACUGGUGUUGAGCGGAUAUACCGAUUGUCGUGUUCUUUCUGAUAGCUGGGGGUAGCACCAUUGAACAUGAGUUUCAGACAGUACCUUGGCCCAUGUUUCUGCAGGAUUGCCAUCUAACAAUUGUAUUUAACCAACCAAACCUUGUUACAUCCUAGUAAGUUGCGGGGCAUCUAACUUCUUGUAAAUGUUGUUUCCUAUACAAAUUCGAUCACAAUUCUGGAA